AUGUUUUACAUUUUGAAAGGAACGGCACCUCCUCCGAGAUUUUUGAGGUCGAGGUACUUUAGGAAGAAGAAAUCACCUUCUAUUCCUCCAGAUGAAGAUAUUGAAAAUUUUAUGGAGAAGGUACAAAUUUUCGAGUUAAAUUCAUAA